GGGAAAGUCAUGACUUUGCCUGUUUAUCAGUCACUCAGCUUGGCCUUCGCAUAAAACACUGAAAAAUUGUGCAUGAAGAUGGCAAAUAAAUGCCACUGCGGCGCACAGACUCUUGGCGGGGAGAACAGGACUGUUUUCUGCGAGGGUCCCUUGCUAGAUGCUGUCCAGCGAUCCAAUAUGUUCCCCGACUGCAAACACUUCGUCGACAUGAGCUGCAUUUUUACACCCAGCCAAACGAUGGCUGACUUCAAUAUGUUCAGCAAUUGCCGCAAGAACGAUGGCUCCCUGAGGUUCCUCAAAAUGUUUGUCGAGAAACACUUUAAUGAGCCUGGCUCGGAGUUGGAACCCUGGUAUCCUCCUGACUGGAAGGCCCAACCUUCGUUUCUCGGGAAGAUCUGCGAUCCCGAAAUAAAGAAAUUCGGUUCGGAUGUCAACGGAAUUUGGAAGCACUUGGGUCGGAGGGUGAAGGAAGAAGUCAAGGAGAACCCCGAUCACUACUCCAUUAUCUACGUACCGAAUCCCUUCAUAGUUCCUUCCUCCGAGUGCAGGGAGUAUCGCUACUGGGACUCCUUUUGGAUUGUUCGCGGUUUGCUGCAAUGUGGCAUGCACUCAACAGCCCGCGGAAUGAUCGACAACUAUCUCUCGCUGGUUAAGGAAUACGGAUUUGUGCCAGGAUGUGGCAGGAUCUACUGCUCGGGACGCACGAACCCUCCGCUUCUGAUCAUGAUGGUGAAGGCCUAUGUGGAGGUGACCAAGGAUGAGGGCUAUGGCAUUGCAUCGCUUCCCUUGCUGGAAACCGAGUACCAGUCCUUCACGAGCAAACACUCCAUCCAGGUGAAGGGCAGGACCAUGUACCAAUACAGGGACUCCUCCGCAGGACCAAGACCCGAAGCUUACAGAGAAGAUCUGCAGUGCGUGGCUCAACUCAAGGGUGCUAUGUCCCGGGAGCUCGUCUACACCGAACUAAAGUCGGCCGCUGAAUCGGGAACGGAGCUCAGCUCCCGUUGGAUUGUUUCCUCCGAGGGCUCCAAUCAAGGAUCCCCCAAGGACACCAAAACCUCAGCCAUUGUGCCCGUGGAAUUAAAUGCAAUCGUUUUCAGGAGUGGCAAGAUCCUGGCUGAAUUCCAUCGCAAGGCGGGCAACACCAAAAAAGCGGAGGAGUACCAGGAUCGAGCUUGCUUAUUGGUGAAGGCCAUUCGGGAUUGCUUGUGGAACGAGCAGGCUGGCAUCUGGCUGGAUUACGAUGUGGUCAAUAGGAAGUCCCGCAACUACUUCUGCUGCACCAACUUCGCUCCUUUGUGGGCGAGGGCCUUUCCUUUGGUGGAUACCGAAAAGGUUUCCAAGGGAGUGAUGCAGUACAUCAAGACCAACGAUUUGGAUAAGCAGUACGGUGGAGUACCCUACACGAUGAACAAGGAGUCGGGCCAGAAGUGGGACUACCCCAAUGUCUUUCCGCCCAUGGUGUUCCUCGUUGUCGAGGGAUUGGAAAAUCUGGGCACACGGGAGUCCAAGGCCAUGUCGAAACGAUGGGCACACCGGUGGGUCAAGUCCAAUUAUGCGGCCUACAAGCACGAGAGCUUUAUGUUCGAGAAGUAUUAUUGCGAGGAAUUCGGCACUUCCGGAGAAGGUGGCUCAGAGAAUACUCCAGUGGGUUACGGCUGGACCUGCGGCGUGGUCAUCGAGUUCCUCUGCAAGUACGGAAAAGAAAUAAGUUUGACCGACGAUCUCGACGAGGGCUGCAAGUGUCAGGCAGGUGCAGCUGGGUCCUCUGGCAAAAAGGAGUACAUCAUUACCAGUGAGGCUUACAUGGAGGAGGAACCCUCGAAGAAAUCCUGCGGUUGUCCUGAUCCCUCGGCAGCCAACAAAUCCUCAGUAACCAUGGCUGGUCAGAGUUCCACAAAUUGUGAUCAGCAGAAGCAGCAGGCUGAUGGAUGUUCUUGUGGCAUCGCCCAAAAGCAGCAACAAGGACAACCAGGCGGAGGAACAUGCUCGUGUGGCUCUGGAGCACAGCAGCAGCCAUCGCAAAUAAAAACCCAGCAAUCUCGUGCGCAGCAGCAAGGCUGCUCAUGUGGAGCUGGAGCACAGAUGCAGCAGCCAUCUCAAAAGAAGUCCCCCGGACCAGUUGGAGCUCCAAGUGCAGCGAGUUGUGGAAUAUGCGGGUCACAGAAGCAGCAGGCAACUAAAGCUCAAAACCAAACAGGAUCUCCAGGAGAUGAUUGCGCAUGUGGCGCAGGAGCACGAAUGCAGGAGCAACAACAACAGCGAUCGCAACAGAAGUCCCCUGGAGCAGUGGGAGCUCCCAGUGCAGCAAGUUGUGGAAUCUGUGGAUCCCAGAAGCAGCAGGCAACCAAAGCUCAAAUGCAGCAAUCGCAGCACAAACAGGGAGCUCCAGGAGAUGAUUGCGCAUGUGGAGCAGGAGCCCGAAUGCAGGAGCAACAACGGGAGCGAUCUCAACAGAAAUCCGCCGGAGCAGUUGGCGCUCCAAGUGCUGCGAGUUGUGGAAUCUGCGGACCACCGAAGCAGCCGCCACAACAGCAAGGACAACAGGGAGCGAGUGCUUGUUGCACCUGCGGAAAAGAAGCAGAACAGCCACUGCAGCAGCAGAAAUCCUUUCGAUCGCAGCAGCAGCAAACUCAUCACGAUCCAGACUGCCCUUGUUACCAGGAGCAGAAACCAGUGGAGAAACCCAAAAGCGAUGCUGAUUGCGAGUGUGGAAUGGAUGAGAAGCAACAGCAGCAGAUGCAACAGCAGCAGAAGCAAAAGGAUUGCAUGCAGCAGCAGAAGGAGCAGCUUAGGGAGUUUCUUCUCCAGCAGCAAAAGGAAAAGGAGCGACAGGAUUGUGCAAAGAAGACAGAGCCCCAGGAUUGCUCUAAGCAACUGAAGAGUCAGAAGUCCGAAGGAGCCUGCGGUUGCCAGGAGGAUAAUAAGGAUGAGGGUCAGGAUGAGGAUCAAACAAAGGAGGAGCACUACUUUCCGGUGUCUGAUAAAGCAGGGGAGGAAUGCCCCGAUUCAGGCCGGAACUCCACCCAAGGGAAUUCGGGAUGCGAAGGUUGCGGCAAUGAGGAUUGCCCGGAUAAUCCGCAGGACAAGUGCGGUUGCGGUGGCCAGGGGAAUGAGCCGCAGGAUCCCAUCGCGGAAUGUGUUCAAUCGCAAAUGCAACAGCAACAGCAACAAUAUGCAGCUGCCGACGGCUGCGAUUGUUCGGGUGGUCAAGGAAAAGGAGCAGCACCACCACCGCAAAACAACUUCAUAUGUCCCCAUUGCGGUGGCUUAACCAACGGAGAGGACUCCUUUAACGCUCCCACCCACUCGGUGGGCACGAAUCGACCUACUGUGGUCCAGGACGACUGCGAUUGCUCCGGUGGUGCGGCGAGUCAGCCUCAGCGUUAUCCCUUCGGUGGUGCCGGUGGUGCAAGUGGCCUAUGUGGUUCCGGCGGAGCAGGUGGUGCAGGUGCUGCCGGUAAUGCAGGUGGUGGAUGUUGUGCUGGUAGUGCCGGUGGUGCAGGUGUAGCAGCUGGAGCCGCUGGUGGUUGUGGUCCAGGUGCUACCGGUGGUGCAGGUGGUGCCAAGGGCGCAAGUGGUGCCCAGAAGGCCGAGUGUGUUCCUUGCAAGGCUCGCAUAACUUCAGAUUAUCCCGCGGAAAAUGGUCCCAAGCCAUUUUUCAACAAACAGUUUCCGCUGGCGGAUCCUGUGAGUAUGGAUGAAAGUUGUCCUGUUCCCGAGAAGAAGAAGAAGAAGUGCUGCAACUGCGACGAAAAAGAGGAAGGUGAAUAGAUCUAGUCCAUCCGAAGAUCAUGUCCUUUAAAAACAUGCGAAGGCUGAGCCGAUAAGCUGGAUCAAAAUUUAAAUGUAACAAAAUUGUAGUGGCCUUUUAAAAAUCAGCUGCACGAAGACCUUCUUACUUCUAAUUAAAUACUUUUUAUUAUUAUAUAUAACGCAGCCUGUUCAAAAGUACUGUUAAUAAAAUUAAAGGACGACUCUAAACAAUUUA